AUGUCAUCCUUCUUCUUCUCCACCCCGGUCGACAUAGACAUCGUCCUCGAGGACGCUGAUGACCGACAGACUGUCGACGUUAAGCUUGACAAGAACAGGCGAGAGAAGGCGCCGCUGUAUCUCGAUGGUGAAUCCGUAAAAGGUGCCGUCACAGUCAGACCAAAAGAUGGGAAGCGAUUAGAACACACAGGCAUAAAGGUCCAGUUCAUCGGACUUAUUGAAAUGUUCUUCGACCGUGGAAACCACUACGAAUUCCUCUCACUCGGACAAGAGCUUGCAGCACCUGGUGAACUGCAACACCCUCAAACCUUCCCCUUCAACUUCAAAAACAUUGAGAAGCAAUACGAAUCCUACAACGGCAUCAACGUCAAGUUACGCUAUUUCAUUCGGGUUACGGUCUCAAGAAGAAUGGCAGACGUGAUCCGUGAGAAGGACAUUUGGGUCUACACCUAUCGGAUACCACCCGAGACCAACAGCUCGAUAAAGAUGGAUGUGGGUAUUGAAGACUGCCUACACAUCGAGUUCGAGUACUCGAAAAGCAAAUAUCACCUCAAAGAUGUCAUCGUCGGCCGAAUAUACUUCUUGCUGGUCAGACUGAAAAUCAAGCACAUGGAACUGUCCAUCAUUCGGAGAGAGACGACGGGAGUUGCACCCAACCAAUAUAAUGAAAGUGAGACGUUAGUGCGAUUUGAGAUAAUGGAUGGCUCUCCUUCACGAGGAGAAACGAUCCCAAUUCGACUGUUCCUCGGAGGCUUCGACCUGACGCCGACCUUCCGCGAUGUGAAUAAGAAAUUCUCCACGAGAUACUACCUCAGUCUUGUCUUGAUUGAUGAAGACGCUCGUCGAUAUUUCAAGCAAUCAGAGAUCGUCCUGUACCGACAGGCGCCAGAUACACUUCCGACAUUGGCUAUCGAUCAGCCAGGAAUAGGAGGCAAACUGACCAUGCCAGAGCGGCCGACACCUGCUUGA